AUGGAGUUCCGCAAGGCUCCUGAAGGCUCUGUGAGGAAAGUAGAGGCUCAGAAACAGUUAAAUGAAGCAAUAUCACAUAGAUUGCACUUGGACAACAGCAUAGCCCUUGUCGGUAAACUUCUGUUUGGAAUUGAAAAAGGUCCAGAGGUGCUAAGUAGUGUCCGCCCUGCUGGUCAUCCUCUUGUUGAUGACUGGAACUGCCUUAAAUCAUUUGUAAGAACAUUUGAGACACAUUGUGGAUCGUUAUCCCAGUAUGGAAUGAAACAUAUGCGCUCCAUUGCCAACAUAUGCAACGUUGGAAUUAAGAUGGAGCAGAUGGUGGAGGCAUCAGCACAAGCUUGUCCCAGCUUUCCAUCCAAUACUUGGAGUUCCCUCCACAGGGGUUUUAGUGCAUGAUUGGCAUCUAAU